AUGCGAUUCCUCCACUCCUUGACACCAGCCCUCGCGCUGUUUGCGGCCGGUGCCGCGCAGGCCGCUUCAUCAUGGGGAUUUGACAGUGCCACCGUCUCUGUCUCUGGAAAGGGCAAGGAUGCCACCAAGGAGAAGCUGAGCGCGACCUCUCCUCUCAGGACCGCCCUCUCCCUCGGAGCUAAGGACUCCCUCAAGGUCAUCAUCACUGCCAAGGAGGGCGACAAGGCCAAGCGCCCGCACCAGGCUUUCCUGAUCCUCAAGGAGACCGAGAGUGGCCUCGAGGCUCCUUUCCCUAUGGAGCUCAAGGAGAACGGCCGCGGCGUCGUUGAUGUCGCCCAGAAGGACCUCCCCGUCCAGCACCUCCUGGCCACCAAGCCCCUCCGCGCCAGCAUCGUUAUCGGCUCCUUCGGCGCCUCCAAGGCCCUCGACACCACUGUCUUCGACCUCGACGUAAAGCGCGACGCCUCCGCCCCUGCCCCGACCUACGACGCUCCCAUCCGCUACGGCAAGCAGCCCGAGAUCAACCACAUCUUCCGCGAGGACCCCCGCAGCCCUCCCAAGAUCAUCUCGCUGGCCUUUGUCAUGGCCGUUUUGGCCACGAUUCCCGUUCUUCUCGUGGGCUGGCUCUCUCUCGGCGCCAACUUCAACCACCUCUCCAAGGCCCUCGGCGCGGCACCCGUCUCCCACGCCGCCUUCUUCGGCUCCAUCGUCGCCAUGGAGGGCGUCUUCUUCCUCUACUACAGCACCUGGAACCUCUUCCAGACCCUGCCCGUCAUCGGCAUUGUCGGUGUCUCCAUCUUCCUCAGCGGCUCCAAGGCCCUCGGCGAGGUCCAGAGCCGUCGCCUUGCUGGCCAGAGGUAG